CGAUUCGUCCAUCCUCUCCCGUCGUUGCGUCCCGCUCGCCCAAACCCAAAUAUCCGCGUGCACGCCAUCGCAAGCUCUCUGCGUGAGUGCCUUGCCCGCACGUCUAAUUCUGAUCAUGAUCGGCCAUCGCCCCCGGCGUCGACGAAGCCCAGCCCGCAGAUUCCAGCACUCCGCUCCCAAUUCGCUCGUUCGUUCGUUCGUUCAUUCGUUCGUUCGUUCGUUCAUUCGUUCGUUCGUUCGUUCGUUCAUUCAUUCAUUCAUUCAGCGUCGGAGCUCGCAGGACGAGUUCGACGGCCAGAUCGCCUCUGCGCCCGGCGCAACCCCCGGGAGUCAUGGGUACCGCGGACGUGAGAGCGGGCUGCGUUCUCGGUUCUCGCCCCGUCAGCUGCUGCUAAAGCUCCCGCGCGCACUGCACUCGACUCAAUCCCGACUGAAUGGCCUGGGAGCCGUCCACCCACGCCCGCCUGGGAUCGCACCAGCACCCGGAGGGAACGACGGAAAACGGCGUCGUGGCGGACGCGAAUGCGAACGGGACACGGCUCCACCGCACGCACGCACGCUUGGGGGGGCGUGCUCAUGCGACGCUAGACGGUUCUCCGUCCUUCGCGCGUCCGCGCUCGCCCGUGCGCUGUCUCCCGCUGCACGCAGGAGUGCGCCGUGCUCGAGUGCACGCCUUGCCAGACACGCGCCGCCCCGAAGGCCCAAGAUCCUGAUCCUGCCAGAUGCUGGGGACAGCACGUCCGAGCGAAGAUCCCCGCCCCACAGGCCCAGAACGCGCGAAUCCACGCAGCCCCUUCAAGGAUCCACCCGUUCUGGACGUCCGGAAGCACGCCUGCCAGCUGCAGCUGCAGCUUUCCGAUGCGCACGCUGGGGGAGUGAGAACUCAGCCUAUCGCCCGCCACGUCUCUGUCACGGCGCCGGAGGCCGCACGCUGCGAGAAGCGUCGGCGACCUGGCAACUCAGAACCCAGUGCUCAGUGCUCAGGAGCGAUCUGCACAGACACAACGGACGCGAAGCCCCGUCCACCCACGCGUGCCGCGUGCCUGUGGGUUUAGGCUCGCGCGCAGUACGCAGCCCACGUCCGCGUUCUCCUCUCCUCCCCUCCCUCUCCUCCAACUACGGGAGAGGCGCCGCUGCUUGGGUUCUCUGCUUGAAAAUAGACGUAGGGGGGAGGUGUCCGCCCUCUGGGAUGGCGACGGGGGAAUGGGGGAGGGGUCACGACCGUCCGGCAUUCUCGCACACGCACGAUCGACCGUGAAGCAUCCCCCCAUCCCGUCAAUCGAUCUCGUAACGGGUGCGUCUGGGGUAUUAGCGUUUUGCCCCAAUGGAAGCACACUCACGUCCGCAGGGGAGGCUGCGCCUACUACGCUCGCUCGCGCGUGUGUUCGCAGGCUAUUCUGCGAAGCCGCAGCUUGUGCGGCGACGUCCAGCCCACCAGCCCACACCCCCCCCUCCCCCCCCCUGUGGUCGUGUGGCGUGCCCAGCCGUCUUAGGGUUCGUGCACCCGUGGUCACGCGAGGACGUCCCAUGGUUGACAGCAGCAGAGUCCGCGGCGUGUGGUGUCUUUUGCUGAUCAGGGGCGGCGGACGCGGUGAGUGGUCUGAUCGCCCGUUCGUGUACACCACACACAGCGCACGGGAAGAGGCCGAGAGACGGGGGCACAGCGGGUGGCCUGACCUUCGUCAACGUGAGCGGCACACCACGCUGCGUCCGCCGGGAGCGUUCUGUUCCGCGAGCCCGAGUGCAUGCAAUGAGGCGGAUUCGCUGAUUCGUCCGCCCUCGUGUGCGCGCUGGGUGCGAGCAUGGAACUCGCGAACGUGCGCGCGUGCGAGCAGGACGUGGGCACGGACGCGCGACGACUAUGACGAGGCGGCGACGAGCGGACGGUACGGUGGGGCCGAAGCGCACUCGCGGGGUGCACAUGCCGGGGGAGGGAAGCAGGGAACUCGCGAUCGAAGGGAGGGCGAGAAAGAAAGGAUGCGAAGGGGCGCGGACGUGCACUCUGCACUGGCACGGGAGAGGCACAUCGGCCGCGACCAUGACGCGGGCGGCAGUGGCGUCCUUCCUGUACGUUACGCGUGCAGCUCGCGUUCGCGUCCCUUCGCGAAGGCAGCAGAUGAUCAGGGAACGCGUAGCGUCAAUAGAGCGGAGUGGCAUGGGCAGCGCCUUCCGCCAACGCCUUCAAUAAAUCCCACUUCCGAUCCCAGGACCAGCGAUUUCAUUCAUUCGAAACGCGCGUAGACAUGUGUACGUACUCAAGUACGUAUGGUGGAUCUCGCGGGAGAAUCAAGAUCAUCACGAACGC